AGAACUCAAACCCACAGCCUGACAGCCACACUGCCACCGCCAUGAGAGAGUUCAAGAGCAAGGACUUCUGGAGGGCCGUUCUGGCCGAGCUGGUCGGCAUGACCCUUUUCAUUUUCCUCAGCCUCUCAGCAGCUAUCGGGAACACGAACAACACUAAUCCAGACCAGGAGGUGAAGGUGUCUCUGGCCUUCGGACUGGCCAUCGCCACGCUGGCCCAGAGUUUGGGCCACAUCAGCGGAGCCCACCUGAAUCCCGCGGUGACCCUCGGGAUGCUUGCCAGCUGCCAGAUCAGCGUGUUCAAGGCGGUCAUGUACAUUGUGGCUCAGAUGCUGGGUUCAGCCCUGGCCAGUGGCAUUAUGUUUGGAGCACGUCCAAGUACCAUUGAUGCACUGGGGCUCAGCGCUCUCAACGGUGUCACUGCCAGCCAAGGCGUGGGCAUAGAGCUGCUGGCAACCUUCCAGCUGGUGCUGUGUGUCAUUGCAGUCACUGAUAAAAGGAGACGUGAUGUCACCGGCUCAGCUCCCUUGGCCAUUGGCCUCUCAGUCUGCCUGGGACACUUGGCAGCGAUCAGCUACACGGGCUGCAGCAUCAAUCCUGCUCGCUCCUUUGGUCCAGCUUUGAUCCUGAACAAUUUCGAGAACCACUGGGUGUUCUGGGUGGGGCCAAUGUGUGGUGGCGUAGCAGCAGCUCUCAUGUACGACUUCCUGCUGUACCCCAAAUUCGAUGACUUCCCCAAGCGCAUGAAGGUCCUGGUCGGCGGCCCAGUGGGUGACUACGACGUUAACGGAGGCAACGACACCACAACUGUAGAGAUGACGUCAAAAUAGACCCACACAGUCACAGCCACGUAGUUUCAUUGUACAUGUCUAUAGUCUUGUAAAGAAAAUAAAGUCUUGGUGUAGGAUGUGAGUGUUUUGGAGCUGUUGUGGAAAACCAAUGAGGACUGCGUUAACGGGUCAGUUAGCGUCUCUUUCUAAUUCACUCCUGUGUUCGACCCCACACACACACAUUUUAUCAAAGCUGCAGCAUGCAAGUCGAGGUUGUGAGAAUCUUGGCGAAGCAGUUUGUUGAAAUUUUUGUCCCAUAUCAGUAUUCUAUGAUGAGCCAUUUUUUUUUUUUUUUUGUAUACUUCAUGUGCCUGUAUCACUUUUUAUUUCUGAUGGAUAAUGUAUUUGGUGUACACUCUUGAAAUGUCUCUCACUUUUUUAAGUAAAUAAAACACUUGUU